AUGGAUCAAACAUUGUAUCCUGUGAAUAUUUCACCAGAAUUUCUACUUUAUGCUGAACGAAAUACACUUUUUGAAUUAUUCCAAAAAUGUAUUUCGUCUUUACUUGUCGAUCGACCAAAUGAUCCGAUUACAUAUUUAAUUGAUUUUUUGAAAAAAGAUGCCGAUGUACCGAGAGUAGUUAUACUCGGUCCACCAGCAUCCGGUCGUCAUACAAUUGGAAAAUUAUUACAGAAAAAAUUAAAUGCUGUUCUUAUUGAAGCAGCAGAUCUUUUACAUAACAUACCAAGCAAAUUUAAAGAUAAAUUACCACCAAAACCUACCAUUCAUAAUAUACCUUCAACAUUAUGGGCACAAUUAUUUGAAGAACGUGUAAAAGAUUUCGAAUGUGUUCGUCGUGGAUGGAUUUUAGUUGAUUUUCCAAAUAAUCGAGAACAAGCAUUAGCAUUACAGGGUCAUGGAAUAGCUCCAAGAUAUGUUGUAUGUCUCGAAGCACCUGAUAAUGUUCUCAUUGAACGAGCGGCUGGAAAACGAAUUGAUCCAAAAACAAAAGAUAUUUAUCAUAUAACAUUUCAUGUUCCAAGUUCACGUGAAAUUCAAGAUCGUUUAAUUACUCCUGAAGACAACUCUGAAAAAGCAAUGCAUUUGCGUUUAAAAGAAUAUCGACGCGUUAAAGAUUGUUAUAAACCAGUUUUACGUACAAUUAAUGCUGAUCAACCAUUAAAUGAUAUUUUCACACAAAUUUAUUCCUAUGCCAGUAAAAAAGAACGUUCAAUUGCCUUACAUACUCCACGUAUUGUUAUUCUUGGUCCAACUGGUAGUGGACGAAAAACAGUAGCAACACAAAUAUCACGAAAAUACGAUGUACCUAUUGUUUCUAUUCCAACACUUCUUAAACAACAAAUUGUUAGUAAAACACCACUUGGUGCUAGUAUAAAGCCUUAUCUUGAUCGACAAACUUUAGUUCCGGAUAGUUUAUUAACACAAAUUAUUAAAGAUCGAUUAAAUCAAAAAGAUUGUACAACAAAAGGUUGGGUUAUGAUUGGUUUUCCUCGUACACGGGAACAAGCUGAAAGUCUUGCUCGAACACCUGUAAUGGCGCCAACUCGUGUUUUCUUCUUAGAUAUUCCACUUGAUAUUGCAUUAGAACGUUUAACUAACCGCGCAUUAGAUCCAGUAACUGGUGAUCGUUUUCAUACUCAUGAACGUCCACCACCAACACAUAAUAUAAAACAACGUUUAGCCCAACAUCCAACAGAUGAUGAAGAGAGUGUACAAAAACGUUAUCAAACAUAUUCGGUUUAUUAUGAUGAAUUACAAGAUUUUUAUUCACCUCAAGGUGCUAUUCAUGUUGCGGCUGAUCAAGAUGCUUAUACAGUAUUUGAAGCUGUUGAAGCAGGAAUUGUUAAUCAAUUACAUAAAGAAUGA